UGAUAGAGGAUAUUCAAUGUAUCAGUCAUGUGAUAGAGGAUAUUGUGACGUCAGAGGAAUGAAGCCUUAGCCAAGAUGGCGGCUGCUGGAGGAGAGCCCUCUACCCAGAGUGGUCCGGAUGAUUUGUUCAAUCAUUUCUACACAGAGGUAGGAUACAUUUAGGAAAUACAUGCUACUCAAUGUGUUGAUAUGUAACCUAACAUUAUGGAUUUGACAAAUACAGAUAAUUCGUCCUCUGGACUUGCAUUUAUGAGGCAUACAAACAUUGCUAGCUAAAGAGCUAGAGAGGCUAAAGUUAGCUAACGUUAACGGGGCUAGCUAGCUCGCAUAACACGGUAUGUUAACGUGCUAGCUAGCAAUUGCUAACGCUAACAGAGCAGUGUUGUUGAUAUGACAGAACACUUCUCUGUGAUCCUAACACGCACAUAGUUUGUUAAACCGCUAUUUUGUUUGUCAGUGUAGAGGAAUUUUGUUUCCCUUUUAAACAGUGGUGAAAUGGUUGAGGACUUGAUCUGUCGUUUUGUGCUCUGGCUAGCCAGCACAGCAGAUUCGACCCUCUUGUUUACAGCUAACUGCACUAGGGUUGGACAGGCUUCCUGUGUAGAUUAAGACACUGCGAGAUAUGACUCGGAAAAUGUACCUCAAUCCAGGGAUGACGAAUGCGUUGUAUAGUACUCCGAAUUGUCCUAUUAUCCCAACUGUUACACCGAGAAGAUUGAAAGACUACUAGUUUUUAGGGAAAAUGCAGUUUUCGUCCUAAUGCUAGCUAGCAUUAGCCACAGCAACCAUUAUGGAAUGGCACAUAGCCUUUAACAACAACAGGAGCUGGUUGGCAGACACUGCCAUUCCAAAAUGGCUGCCUUGGCUUCUGCUACCUAGCAUGAAGACCAAACGGACAGUUUACCGUAAAACUAAAGUAAUUCAAUCUUCUCGGUGUAACAGUUGGGGUAAUGGGACAAUUUUAGGAGUUCAACACAUUUCUCAUCCCUGGAUUGAGGUACGUUUUCUGAGCCAUAUCUCGCACCGGCUCCGCUGUGUCUUAAUCUACACAGGAAGCCUGUCUGACCCUAGUGCAGCUGUAAGCAAGCGGGUUGGAUCUGCUGGCUAGUCCUCUGGCAUGAAUGUAAACAUACUCAGUUCCAUCUAUCCAACCUUCCCCAAGUGGACUCAUGAGUCCCGACAGAUAAUGCUUUGCCAGCUGGCCAGUGAAAGGGAUCAAGAUUAUGUAAAUAUCCAUUCGCUUGCUAAUAUGACCAUGACUGAACUUCUGUGACCCUACAUAAUAUGACAUGUCUCUGUCCAACAGGUAAAGCAGAUAGAGAAAAGAGACUCUGUGCUAACCUCGAAGCAGCAAAUAGACCGGCUGCUCAGACCUGGGUCGUCCUACUUCAAUUUAAACCCCUUUGAGGUAAGUGGCUCGUUCCUGUCACAUGCAGCUGUAGUCAAUCUAUUGUUAUUGUGACAAGAUUGUUAUGUAGAACUGCAUUGAAGUGUCCUUAGUACAACACCAGCGACCUCAUCAAGAGGUUCAAGUCUCUUGGCGUAAUGGCUUCGGUGUUGUGCUGACAAGACGCAUCGUUGCAGGUUUCAACCCAUUUGAGAUACUCGCUGAAGGUGCUACAUUGGUGUCAGAAGUUAAAUGACGUUAACUUUGUGUGACUGUUGCAUUUGGGCAAGAUGGUAAAGUGCAAGAGUGUGUUUCUCAAAGGAAAAGGGGUAGUGUAACAUCCUUUGUACAACACCAGCGACUUUGUCAAGAGGUUUGAAUCGCUUGAUGUAAAUACACUGUGUUGCUUAAGCUAUGCAGUGUAAACUUUGCUUCCAGUGAAAUGCCUAAUUUGAAUUUCAGGUGUUACAAAUUGAUCCAGAGGCAACAGAUGAGGAGUUGAAGAAGAGGUUCCGAGCGGUAGGUAUACUACAUAUCUGACAGAAGGUACCGGAGCAUCCGGUCUCGGACCUACCGGUUCCAACACAGCUUCCAGGUCAUAACACUGUUGAACAGCUAACCCUAGCAGUCCACCUGCACAUACUGUACCUGCUAUUCACCUGCCCCCUAUUAAGAGACUAUUUGCAGGGACUCUUUACUCACACAUUCAUACAUACACACUUUCUCUCACUACCAUCACUGCUGCUAUUAUUUAUUUGUACUGCUCACUUUAUCUACUGUAAAUACCUGUCAUAUUAUUGACAUAGUACAUUUCAUAGUAAAUACUGUAUAUUCUACAGUUUAUAUUUCCCACCAUAUCUUAAAGCUGAAAUCCUUAAUGGUGAAACAGCCACGUCCAUUUGCGAUAUUACAACAACAAAGAAGUUAGUGCAAACAACGAACACUGUUUUUUCCCCUCUGACAUCAUUGCACGCAUGAAGGAAGUAGAGGCCGACUGAUAUGGGAUUUUUGGGUCUGAUACCAAUUUUAGGGAGGCAAAAGUCACCGAUUACUGAUAUAUCUGCCAAUGUUUUUUUUUUUAGAGAUUGAAUGAAAAACACAAUUUUUUUUAACAAUUGACACCAAGGAACUUUAAGCUCUCAACCUGUUCCACUACAGCCCCAUCGAUGAGAAUGGGGGCGUGCUCAGUCCUCUUUUUUUUCCUGUAGUCCACAAUCAUCUCCUUUGUCUUGGUCACGUUGAGGGAGAGGUUGUUGUCCUGGCACCACACGGCCAGGUCUCUGACCUCCUCCCUAUAGGCUGUCUCAUCGUUGUCAGUGAUCAGGCCUACCACUGUUGUGUCGUCUGCAAACUUAAUGAUGGUGUUGGAGUCGUGCCUGGCCAUGCAGUCAUGGGUGAACAAGGGAGUAAAGGAGGGGACUGAGCACGUACCCCUGAGGGGCCCCCUUGUUGAGGAUCAGCGUGGCAGGUGUGUUGUUACCUACCCUUACCACCUGGGGGCGGCCUGUCAGGAAGUCCAGGAUCCAGUUGCAGAGGGAGGUGUUUAGUCCCAGGAUCCUUAGCUUAGUGAUGAGCUUUGAGGGCACUAUGGUGUUGAACGCUGAGCUGUAGUCAAUGAAUAGCAUUCUCACAUAGGUGUUCCUCUUGUCCAGGUGGGAAAGGGCAGUGUGGAGUGCAAUAGAGAUUGCAUCAUCUGUGGAUCUGUUGGGGCAGUAUGCAAAUUGGAGUGGGUCUAGGGUUUCUGGGAUAAUGGUGUUGAUGUGAGCCAUGACCAGCCUUUCAAAGCACUUCAUGGCUACAGACGUCAGUGCUACGGGUUGGUAGUCAUUUAGGCAGGUUAUCUUAGUGUCCUUGGGUACGGGGACUAUGGUGGUCUGCUUGAAACAUGUUGGUAUUACAGACUCAGUCAGGGACAUGUUGAAAAUGUCAGUGAUACGCAUGCUCUGAGUACACGUCCUGGUAAUCCGUCUGGCCCUGCGGCCUUGUGAAUGUUGACCUGCUUAAAAGUCUUACUCACAUCAGCUACGGAGAGCGUGAUCACAUAGUCAUCCGGAACAGCUGGUGCUCUCAUGCAUGCUUUAGUGUUGCUUGCCUCGAAGCGAGCAUAGAAGUGGUUUAGCUCGUCUGGUAGGCUUGUGUCACUGGGCAGCUCGCGGCUGUGAUUCCCUUUGUAGUCUGAAAAUAGUUUUCAAGCACUGCCACAUCCGACGAGCGUCAGAGCCGGUGUAGUACGAUUCAAUCUUAGUCCUGUAUUGACUCUUUGCCUGUUUGAUGGUUCGUCGGAGGGCAUAGCGGGAUUUCUUACAAGCGUCCGGGUUAGAGUCCCGCUCCUUGAAGCGGCAGCUCUGCCCUUUAGCUCAGUGCAGAUGUUGCCUGUAAUCCAUGGCUUCUGGUUGGGGUAUGUACGUACGGUCACUGUGGGGACGACGUCAUCGAUGCACUUAUUGAAGAAGCCAGUGACUGAUGUGGUGUACUCCUCAAUGCUAUCUGAAGAAUCCCGGAACAUGUUCCAGUCUGUGCUAGCAAAACAGUCCUGUAGCUUAGCAUCUGCGUCAUCUGCCCAUUUUUUUUAUUAACUGAGUCACUGGUGCUUCCUGCUUUAUUUGUUGCUUAUAAGCAGGAAUCAGGAGGAUAGAGUUAUGGUCAGCUUUGCCAAAUGGAGGGCGAGGGAGAGCUUUGUAUGCGUCUCUGUGUGUGGAGUAAAGGUGGUCUAGAGUUUUUUUUUCCCUCUGGUUGCACAUUUAACAUGCUGGUAGAAAUUAGGUAGAACGGAUUUAAGUUUCCCUGCAUUAGUCCCCGGCCACUAGGAGCGCUGCCUCUGGAUGAGCGUUUUCCUGUUUAGUUAUGGCCUUAUACAGCUCAUUGCACUCAAUCUUAAUGCCAGCAUUGGUUUGUGGUGGUAAAUAGACAGCUAUGAAAAAUAUAGAUGAAAACUCUCUUGGUAAAUAGUGUGGUCUACAGCUUAUCAGAAGAUACUCUACCUCAGGCGAGCAAAACCUAGAGACUUCCUUAGUGGUCCUCUGUAGCUCAGCUGGUAGAGCACGGCGCUUGUAACGCUAAGGUAGUGGGUUCGAUCCCCGGGACCACCCAUACACAAAAAAAAAAAAUUAUGCACGCAUGACUGUAAGUCGCUUUGGAUAAAAGCGUCUGCUAAAUGGCAUAUUAUUAUUAGUAUUAUUAUUAGUAUUUGAUUUUGUGCAUCAGCUGUUGUUUACAAAUAUACACAUGGCUUAGGCGUAUGACCAGGGUGGAAAAUUUCAAAAUAAAAACCACAGGUCAGGUGUAUUCAGGAUACUUUGAACAUUAAAUUAACACAAAAAAUUCAGUGAGUUUGUUAGACAUUUUUGGGGGAUGAAAUUUAAAGUCAAUUUUUUUAUAUUUAUGGUUGAUGGCAGUGGGAACCAAAUCAUGUAUUUGCAGUGUCCUUGUCCAUAGACUGCUUUUAAGGUAAGGACACAAACAUUUUGUAAUUUGGGUGAACUAUCUCUUUAAAAUAGGGCUGGAAGAAAGUCCUGCUUGCUAGGUUGGCCUCCCCUGAAGUGCUGGGUGUUUGAAAAUGUUCUUGUUAUAACAACAAUGAAUUUCUCAAUCACCCAACCUUCAAGAAAAAUCAAGUGAAUAUCAAUAUUCAGGUGGUUUAUGCCUACUAGUUGAUGCUCCUUGCCGUCAUCUUACUCUACAUAGACAAAUUAUGUGUUUAUGAGUUGUGAGUUCCCCUACCAUCUCUGCCUAGCAUGUGCACAAUACUAAAAUGUCAAAUUAUAUUUGAUUCCUGGAGCAUUUCAUAUCCAAUGGCUAUUUGUAUGACUUAUUCAAAACUGUCCAUGAAGGGCUGCAAAACUACAUAACCUAAAUAAAUAAUAAAAUAUCCUGAAGACAAGAUGACAUAAAUCUGCCCCUACACCCUAACCCAAUUAUUGUUCUAUUUAUUGUUGCCCCUCUAGAAUAAAACGUACACUUUUGGGUUCACAAUCAGUUUGACCUUUUUUUUUCUUUCUUCAUAGUUACAAAUCAGGGCACCCUACCAAACCCUCCUGCUAAAACAUGCUGGCUUUUCGUUGUCACAGCCUAAACGCCAAUCACCAAACGAGGGGACUAAUGUGAAUUAAAUUGACUUUAGUACAUGCUGUCAAAAGGCUGAAUUCUGCAAUAGGGACUGGCGUAACAGCAACCUAAUUUUGUUGAUAACAUUGCACAUAGAACAGCGCCACCGUGCUACUCUUUAGAGUUUUAUAAACUCAGCAGCGAGUUCUCUCUAUUCAGCUCCACUGUAAUCUUGAGGGGCGUUUCUUUAAAACAUGCAUCCAAUCCCCUUCAUCCCUUACAUAACUAGACCAAUCAUAUGCUUCAAUGUGCUGCGGUUCACAGUGCUGUGGCGAGACAUGACAGUGAUAGAGGUUCAGCUCGUGAUGUUAAAUUGCAGUUGCAGAUGCUCUGAUUUCAAAACGAUUUGGAGCAUAGUUUUAAAGUUAACGUGCUGACUAUACAAUGGACUAAUUAGAAAAAUAAAAGCAGUGCUUUUCAAUGCAUGAGAUAUGAGGUGUGCUGUGAGAAGAGGGUCAAAUGCAUGUGUCUCAUGGCCAAUGCGUGAGAGUGGGCAGCUCUGUUCCUGACUAGAUGAGCCUAACUACAUUGCUUGCUAGCUGGCCAGCUAACGUUAACCAAGUGAGAAUGUGAUGAGGACAGGGCUGCUUGCUUGGUAUAGUGUACUUUUGAUUAUUUACUUAUUCAAAUACGCUGUCACUGGCAAGCUACUCACCGUCAAACAACCAUGCCCACUCUCUCUCACCUCGUGGCUUAGGGCAGAAUUAUGUUCAACGAGCAACACAUAGAGCGCCCUCUUAAGGCAACCAUUGAUUUAUUUUUAUGACUGCAAAUGAGCGGAGUUAUUUGUUAAUUCAAUGUAUAUAAUAUCGCCGCUUAAUCUGUGGAAUAAAGACUGAUGCAAAUAUUUAUGUUAAAGCCUUUCACAUAAAUAUUUGCCUAUCGGCUGAUAAAAUGGUCAACUGAUUGAUUUAUCGGUUAGGCGCAAGAAAGAAUAGCACUACGUAUUGUAAUUUUAUUUUUCAUGCUACUCGCACUCCUCAGCUCCGCAACAGUAACAAAGGUGGUGGGGCGGCAGUGGCACUGUUUCCGCCCAAUGCAGAUUCCAUCUUUAAAGCUCUACUGCCUUUAUUUAUAUUGCGCCUUUACUACUUAUUGCCUUGUAUUAUAAUUUUUAUUUUGAGUUCAUAUUUCACUGCACUGUUGAGAGCUCGCUCGCAAAUAAGCAUUUCACUGCACCGUUUACACCCCAAUGUAUCCUGUGUAUAUAACAAAUAAACUUUGAUUUGAUAUCGCUGAUUCUCACACUGACGAAAGCGAACUAUUUUCUCCUUCCAUUUCAGUUGUCCAUCUUGGUCCAUCCAGACAAGAACCAGGAUGAUCCAGACAGAGCACAACUAGCUUUUGAAGGUAGAAAUAUGAUUGCAGGCACAGUAUGUCUACAUCAGUUAGCCUAAUACAUUCAAAGAGUUCUUAACAACCCCAAUCCCACUGUAUUUCUAGCUGUGGACAAGGCAUACAAAAACCUACUGGACCCGGAACAGAAGAAGAGGGCAGUUGAUGUGAUCCAAGCAGGAAGGGAAUAUGUUGAACAUAAUGUGAGUAAAUAACCGCCUGUCCCUCUGUUCACACCUCUCAUAGGUAGAGUAGCUUCCCAAAUGGCACCCUAUUCCCAUAGGGCUCUGGUCAAAAGUAGUGCACUAUAAAGGGAAUAGGGUGCCAUUUGGGACGCAACUUUACUGUACAAUUGUAUUAAUACUAGUGAUGCCACUAUUACAGUUGAGUUUAUGUAUUGCAGUUGAAGUAUCAUGUGCUGUGGCAUCUUUUUAUUGCAACAGAUGAAAGAGAAGAAGAAACAGCUGAAGAAGGAUGGGAAGCCUCAAUUCGUGGAGGAGGAUGACCCAGAAAUGGUAUUGACAAGUGGUUAAAUAAAUGUGUAACAGAUGUAAGGCUGUUUUUGAGAUGGGCUUAUUGUUAUAUUACUAAGUUAACCACUCUUCUCUUGAUCCUCAGUUCAGACAGGCGGUGUACAAGCAGACUAUGAAGCUUUUUGCAGAGCUUGAAAUCAAGAGGAAGGAGAGGGAAGCCAAGGACAUGCAUGAAAGGUAACGGUGUCAUUUCAGUCAACUGAAUAUUUUACAUGAAGCAUUUGGAGGUACAGUGCCUUCAGAAAGUGUUCAUACCUCUUGACUUAUUCCACAUUUUUUGUUUUGUUACAGCCUGAAUUCAAAAUGGAUAAAAUUGACAUUUUUCUCACCCAUCUACACAAAAUGCCCCAUAAUGACAGUGAAAACAUGUUUUUAGACAUUUCUGCAAAUUUAUUGAAAAUGAAAUAUUAAUUUACGUAAGUAUUCACACCAGAGUCGACACCAGAGCUUUGCAGACCUGGACUGUACAAUAUUUGCACAUUAUUCUUUUAAAAAUUAUAAUGUGCAAAAUAGACAGCCAUUUUCAAGUCUUGCCAUAGAUUUUCAAGACGGUUUGAGUCCAAACUGUAACUAGGCCACUCAUGAACAUUCAGAGUUGUCUUAGUAAGCGCCUCCAGUGUAUAUUUGGCCUUGUGUUUUACGUUAUUGUCCUGCUGAAAGGUGAAUUUGUCUCCCAGUGUCUGUUGGAAAGCAGACUGAACCAGAUUUUCCUCUAGGAUUUUGCCUGUGCUUUGCUCUAUUCUGUUUAUUUUUAUCCUAAAAAAAACUCCCUAGUCCUUGCCGAUGACAAGCAUACCCAUAACAUGAUGCUUCAAAAUGUGAAGUGGUACUCAGUGAUGAUGUGCUGGAUUUGCCCCAAACAUAACGCUUGUUGUUGAUCCAUCCUCAGUUUUCUCCUAUCAUAGCCAUUAAACUCUGUAACUGUUUUAAAGUCACCAUUGGCCUCAUGGUGAAAUCCACGAGCGGUUUCCUUCCUCUCUGGCAACUGAGUUAGGAAGGAUGCCUGUAACUUUGACGUGACUGGGUGUAUUGAUACACCAUCGAAAGUGUAAUUAAUAACGAUAUUAUAACCACGAUCGAUAAAAGACAGUACUGUGCAGCCGUGUUCAUCGACCUGGCCAAGGCUUUCGAUUCUUAUUGGCAGACUAAAUAGCCUUUGUUUCUCAAAUGACUGCCUCGCCUGGUUCACCAACUACUUCUCAGAUAGUUCAAUGUGUCAAAUCGGAGGGCCUGUUGUCUGGACCUCUGGCAGUCUCUAUGUUGGUGCCACAGGGUUCAAUUCUCGGGCCGACUCUAUUCUCUGUGUAUAUCAAUGAUGUCGCUCUUGCUGCUGGUGACUCUCAGAUCCACCUCUACGCAGACGACACCAUUUUGUAUACAUCUGGCCCUUCAUUGGACACUGAGUUAACAAACCUCCAAACGAGCUUUGUCAUUUACAAAAUAGCCUCCAACACUCUACUGGAUGUAGAGCAAAUUGGAUGUCGUCUAUCACAGUGCCAUCCGUUUUGUCACCAAAGCCCCAUAUACUACCCACCAUUGUGACCUGUAUGCUCUCGUUGGCUGGCCCUCACUACAUAUUCGUCGCCAAACACACUGGCUCCAGGUCAUCUAUAAAUCACUGCUAGGCAAAUCCCCGCCUUAUCUUAGCUCAUUGGUCACCAUAGCAACACCCACCCGUAGUAUGCGCUCCAGCAGGUAUAUCUCACUGGUCAUCCCCAAAGCCAACACCUCCUUUGGCCGCCAUUCCUUCCAGUUCCCUGCUGCCAAUGACUGGAACGAACUGCAAAAAUCUCUGAAGCUGGAGACACUUAUCUCCCUCACUAACUUUAAGCAUCAGUUGUCAGAGCAGCUUACCGAUCACUGCACCUGUACACAGCCCAUCUGUAAUUAGCCCACCCAACUACCUCAUCCCCAUAUUGUUAUUUAUUUUGCUCAUUUGCACCCCAGUAUCUCUAUUUGCACAUCAUCUUCUGCACAUCUAUCAUUCCAGUGUUAGUACUAAAUUGUAAUUAUUUUGCACUAUGGCCUAUUUAUUGCCUUACCUCCAUAACUUACUGCAUUUGCACACACUGUACAUAGAUUUUCUAUUGUGUUAUUGACUGUACGUUUUGUUUAUCCCAUGUGUAACUCUGUGUUGUUGUUUUUAUCGCACUGCUUUGCUUUAUCUUGGCCAGGUCGGAGUUGUAAAUGAGAACUUGUUCUCAACUGGCUUACCUGGUUAAAUAAAGGUUAAAUAAAAAUACAUUACAUUAAAUAAUGUCACCAUUCUCAAAGGGAUAUUCAAUGUCUGCUGCUUUUUUUUUUACCCAUCUACAAAUAGGUGCCCUUUGCAAGGCAUUGGAAAACCUCCCUGGUCUUUGUGGUUGAAUCUGUGUUUGAAAUUCACUGCUCGACUGAGGGACCUUACAGACAAUUGUAUGUGUGGGGUACAGAGAUGAGGUAGUCAUUUACGUUUUAUGUUAAACACUUAUUGCACACAGUGAACCCAUACAACUUAUUAUGUGACUUGUUAAGCACAUUUUUACUCCUGAACUUAUUUAGGCUUGCCAUAAUUUUUUUUUUUUUGUCAUUUAGCAGACGCUCUUAUCCAGAGCGACUUACAGUUAGUGAGUGCAUACAUUAUUUUUUAUACCCCCAUGGGAAUCGAACCCACAACCCUGGUGUUGCAAACUCCAUGCUCUACCAACUGAGCUACAUCCCUGCCGGCCAUUCCCUCCCCUACCCUGGACGACGCUGGGCCAAUUGUGCGCCGCCCCAAUUGUGCGCCGCCCCAUGGGUCUCCCGGUCGCGGCCUGCAUCGACAGAGCCUGGAUUCGAACCAGGAUCUCUAGUGGCACAGCUAGCACUGCGAUGCAGGGGUUGAAUACUUAUUGACUUAUUGACUCAACACAUUUCAGCUUUUCAUUUUUAAUUCUUUAGAAAAUAUUUUGAGAAACAUAAUUCCACUUUCACAUUGAGGUAUUGAAUGUAGGCCAGUGACUCAAAAACGUAAUCUAAUACAUUUUAAAUUCAGGCUGUAACACAGCAAAAUGUGGAAAAAGUCAAGGAGUGUGAAUGCUUUCUGAAGGCACUGUAUAUCGUUCAUGAAAUAUAGAACAUAUCAGCACAAAAGACUCACAAUGAGUGCAGUUACAUGUACACAAUAAUGUGAUUAUUGUGGAUAGUCAGAUUAAUAUAAUAGUUCAUUUAAAACGUUUGCAUGCUUCGCAAGAAGAACGAUUUCCCAAAUAAUCCUGUUUAUGUGGACGCAUCUGAAAUCUAUCUGAUGGCACUCUGAUAACUGCAGAAAAUCGGCAAUCAAAAUAAACGUCCUAUCACAGCGAACAUGUUAUUUUUGGGAAGCAUAUUUGAUUCUGAGUUUGGACAUACUGUAUCAAGUUUGUAUGUGAACUACUUCUAAGACGCAUACGUUGUUGUUCCAAACACACUUCACUCGCACUAAAGAGGGAGGCUCACUUGGCUGGUGCUAGCACAGGUGCAGAUCAAACACACAGCUGGAACACCGUUUUAAGGUGUUUACAUGUCCUAAUAAUUCGAAAGAUUGCUCAGAAAACCAGGUGUUUUAUCGGCGUAUGCUUACUUUGACUUUGAGUUCUGCCUACUGCCAGUAGUUCUGCCUAUUGCCAUAAUCAGUUUAAUAUUUAAUUAUUAUUGUGCUUGUAAACAUACUCAAUGUUGGGCCUCCCAAGUGGCGCAGCGGUCUAAGGUGUCACGACAGACCCGGGUUCGAUCCUGGGCUGUAUCACAACCGGCCGUGAUCGGGUGUACUAUAGGACGGCGCACAGCGUCCGGGUUAGGGGAGGUUUUGGCCGACUGGCUUCCUGGUUUGUCGGGUCAUGUUUCGGAGGACGCAUGACUCGACCUUCGCCUCCGGAGCCCGUUGGGGAGUUGCAGGAUGAGACAAGAUUGAAAUUGGGGAGAAAAAAAUACUCAAUGUUAUUGCGUGCAAGGUAGGUAUUGUUUGUAAUACCAGUCUAAUAUUUUGGGGAGAAUUAUAGGGAAAGUAUUCAGACCUCUUGACUUUUUCCACAUUUUGUACAAAAAAUCCUCAUCAAUCUACACACACAAAAUACCCCAUGACGAAAAAGCGAAAAUAGGUUUUUAGAAAUGUUUGCAAAUGAAUUAAAAAUUAAAAAUAUAAAAUACGUAUUGACAUAAGUAUUCAGACCCUUUGCUAUGAGACUCAAAAUUGAGCUCCGGUGCAUCCUGUUUCCAUUGAUCAUACUUGAUGUUUCUACAACUUGAUUGGAGUCCACCUGUGGUAAAUUCUAUUGAUUGGACAUGAUUUGGAAAGGCAUACACCUUUCUAUAUUAGGUCCCACAGUGCAUGUCAGUGCAUAUGUCGAGGCACAGAUCUGGGGAAGGGUACCAAAAUCUUUCUGCAGCAUUGAAUGUCCCCAAGAACACAGUGGCCUCCAUCAUUCUUAAAUGGAAGAAGUUUGGAACCACCAAGACUCUUCCUAGAGCUGGCCGCCCGGCCAAACUGAGCAGUCAGGGAGGUGACCAAGAGCCUAAUGGUCACUCUGACAGUGCUCCGGAGUUCCUCUGUAGAGAUGGGAGAACCUUCCAGAAGGACAACCAUCUCUGCAGCACUCCAUCAAUCAGGCCUUUAUGGUAGAGUGGCCAGACGGAAGCCACUCCUCAGUAAAAGGCACAUGACAACCCGCUUGGAGUUUGCCAAAAGGCACCUAAAAGACUCUCAGGCCAUGAGAAACAAGAUUCUCUGGUCUGAUGAAACCAAGAUUGAACUCUUUGGCCUGAAUGCCAAGCGUCACAUCUGGAGGAAACCUGGCACCAUCCCUAUGGUGAAGCAUGGUGGUGGCAGCAUCAUGCUGUGGGGAUGUUUUUCAGUGGCAGGGACUGGGAGACCAGUCAGGAUCGAGGGAAAGAUUAACAGAACAAAGUACAGGGAGAUCCUUGAUGAAAACCUGCUCCAGAGCACUCAGGACCUCAGACUGGGACGAAGGUUCACCUUCCAACAGGACAACGACCCUAAGCACACAGCCAAGACAAUGCAGGAGUGGCUUCGGGACCUCCCGAGUGGCGCAGUGGUCUAAGGCACUGCAUCGCAGUGCUAGCUGUGCCACUAGAGAUCCUGGUUCGAAUCCAGGCUCUGCUGUAGCCGGCUGCAACCGGGAGACCAAUGGGGCGGCGCACAAUUGGCCCCAGCGUCGUCCAGGGUAGGGGAGGGAAUGGCCGGCAGGGAGGUAGCUCAGUUGGUAGAGCAUGGCGUUUGCAACGCCAGGGUUGUGGGUUCGUUUCCCACGGGGGGCCAGUAUGAAAAUAAAAAAGAAUAAUGUAUGCACUAACUGUAAGUCGCUCUGGAUAAGAGCGUCUGCUAAAUGACGUGUAAAUGUAAAAAAAAAAUGUCAUUGAGUGGCCCAGCCUGAGCCCGGAAUUGAACCCGAUCGAACAUCUCUGGAGAGACCUGAAAAUAGCUGUGCAGCGAUGCUCCCCAUCCAACCUGACGGCGCUUGAGAGGAUCUGCAGAGAAGAAUGGGAGAAACUCCCCAAAUACAGGUGUGCCAAGCUUGUAGCAUCAUACUCAAGAAUACUUGAGGCUGUAAUCGCUGCCAAAGGUGCUUCAACAAAGUACUGAGUAAAGGGUCUGAAUACUUACGUAAAUGUAAUUUCAGUUUUUUUAAAUAUUUAAUACAUUUGCAAACAUUUCUAAACUAUUUUUGCCUCGUCAUUAUGGGUUAUUGUGUGUAGCUUGAUGAGAAAAAAAAAACAGAUUUUAAUCGAUUUUAGAAUAAGGCUGUAACGUAACAAAAUGUGGGAAAAGUCAAGUGGUCUGAAUACUUCCCGAAUGCAUUGCACAUGGCCCUCAGAAUGUCUUUGUGGUCUUCUUUUUGUGUCCAUAAGGAGGGAAUACCAUUCAAUGUUUCAUGUUAUUUUUCUCCUCAGGAAAAGGGCAAGAGAGGAAGAGAUUGAGACGGCAGAGAAAGCUAAGCGAGAGAGGGAAUGGCAGAAAAACUUUGAGGUAUGUUGAAAAAAGGGCAUAAAAUACAUUUUAGUAUUUUCUUCUUUGUUAAUUAUAUUUUGAGCAGAAAACUUUGAUCAACAUCACCCAAAAUAAGAUGGGAUGAGGAGAGAUGGAGUACCUACUCUUGAAUAACUUCUGGCUCUUCAGUUGUUUAACUGAGAUUCAGGGAUAUGGCGUUUCCACGAGCAGCAGGGUGAACUGCAGAUAGUCAUAGUUGUUUCAGAAGUCGGCCCGAUAUUGCUGUUUACUUCGUGCAUAGCUGACUCUACCUUAUAUUUUCACAAGGAAACAAGGGAUGGCCGAGUGGACAGUUGGAGGAGUUUCCAGGCAGGCAAAAGCAAGGCAAAAAAAGAGAAGAAACCCCGGUCCUUCCUGAAGCCUCCUAAAGUCAAGAUGGAGCAGAGAGAGUGAUGUCUGUUGAGGUGUGAUGGUUAAGGAUACUACCCAAAGGCUACAUCCCGAUUCUCCACCCUUUUCCAGAAGUGUGUACUUGCACACUCCACGUCAUGUUUAAAAGCAUAGGAGUGGUGUGUAAGCAUUGGCUGGAGGGAGUUUCCACCAUUGUAAAAAUUCCACCAUUGCAAGUGCACACUUCGGAAGAAGGGUGGAGAAUCGAGACAGCCCAACAUUCUUACUUGUACUUGACAGUGCAUCCACCUUCCUGAGAAAUGUAGUUUUGUGCUCGUUUUUUUAAUGUACAUAAUUGUGAUCUGCAACCUCCAUGAGCGCAUCACACUUACUGGUCUCAAUCAAAGUAGAAAAGAUGACAGGAAAUCUUCCAUUUCUGUAACCACCUUAGUUUGACUGGACUUUUUGUGCUGUAUCCUUUUUUUUUUUUUUUUACCUUUAAAUAAAAGCUUG